AAGGCAGGGGCGAACUCGGCGGAUGAUGCGAUUCCUUCGCCGUCCGUGCGGCCGAGCUGUGUGUGAGGCACGCGCGCCUUCGCCGUCAUCCGCUCGUAAACCGGUCGGACCAGUCGCUGCGCGGUUCCUGGAGCCGUCGGUGCAGUCGCCGCGGCCGAGGCGCAGAGGGAGAGACCCACGACUCCUGCCAGCUGCCGCUGAAGCCUUUGGCCGUGAUGAAGAAUAUGGUGGUGGUGGGGGUGCUGCUGUUAUCCCUCAUGCCGCAUGCAAACGGGGCCGGCUUCAGCCCACCAGGGAAGCCCACGCUGACGAGCUGCCGUUCGCCUGAAAAAGAGACCUUCACCUGCUGGUGGGAACCCGGCUCCGACGGGGGGCUCCCCACGACGUACCGCCUGUUCUACCUCAAGGAAAACAUCGAGACCGUGUACGAGUGUCCCGAUUACCUGACGGCCGGCGAGAACUCCUGCUUCUUCAGCAAGAACAACACGUCCAUCUGGGUCAACUACAACAUCACGGUGGUGGCCACCAACGAGCUGGGCAGCACCAUGUCCGACCCCGUGGAUAUAGACGUCAUGUACAUUGUCAUGCCUCAUCCUCCAGAGAAGGUGCUGGUUAGCGUCCUGGAGGACAAGGACUGGCCCUUCCUGCGGGUGUCAUGGGAACCGCCGCAGAAGGCCGACACCCGCUCCGGGUGGAUCACUCUCGUCUACGAGGUCCGCAUCAAGCUGGAGGAGAAGGACGACUGGGAGGUGCACCUUGCAGGCCAGCAGAGGGUCUUUAACAUCUUCAGCCUGCUCUCCGGGGGCACAUACAUUGUCCAGGUGCGCUGCAAGCCCGACCACGGCUUCUGGAGCGAAUGGAGUUCCUCGACCUACGUCAAAGUCCCCAACUAUUUCCAUCGGGAAAACUCGGUGUGGAUCCUGAUCACGACCUUCACUGCUUUCAUCUUCCUCAUCGUCUCGUGGAUGAUACAUAUGAACAGGCACAGUUUGAAGCACUGUAUUCUGCCACCGGUCCCCGGCCCUAAAAUCAAAGGGUUUGAUAAGCAGCUUCUCAAGAGUGGGAAGUCCGGGGACGUCUUCAACGCCCUGGUGGCGUCCGACUUCCCUCCGACCACGCCCCCCCGCUGCGAGGACCUGCUGGUGGAGUACCUGGAGGUGUACAUUCCCGAGGAGCGGGAGCUGAUGCGGGAGGAGAGCAAGCAUCUCCAAGACGGCUUCCUCAAAUCGGAGGGCUUCGCGUCUGACAGUGACUCCGGCCUGGGCAGCUGCAACAGCCACACCCUGCUGAUGGACAACAGCGGCGAGGCCAAGGAGACGGACAGACGGACAGAUCAGGAGAGGAGUCGGCCGGGGGCGGAGGCGCUGACCUACGCCCGUGAAGACGUCAGCCCUGACAUGUCCAGCGGGAGGGUGAAGACCUGGCCUUCAGUCUUUUCUCCAUUGACCCCGUACAGCUCAGGUCCAACGGACCAACCCGGCGCCAAGCAGCACUGCCUCUCGGACAGCGUCUAUCCCCCGGGCUCCACCUCCCCCUGCAGCGCCCAGGACCUCGGACUAAACUACUGGGAGUUCUGCUUCAGCAGCAUGCAGCCCCAUCUGACCCAGACCCGCAGUGACGUCAACGUUUCAGACAUCGGCCCCGAGCGGGCGGCCGCUCGCCAGCAGUCGCCCGCUCCCCGGCCCACCGAGUACGUGGAGGUCCAGCGGGUCAGCGAGGAGGACAUGGUGCUCCUCCAGCCCGUGGGCCCGGGCCCGGGCCCCCCGGCGCGCCCGGGGGAGGACUAUAGCAGGGUGAAGGGCGUGCGCGGCCACAACGUGCUGCUGCUCCAGACGGAAGAAGAGGCCGACGGGCGCGCGUGCGAGGAGCUGGAGACGAAGGGCGCCGCCCACAAACCCACGGCCUGCAGCCACGGCGGCCUGCCAGCGCCGGGCCGGGCCGCGCCCGCGGCCUCCGGCUACGUGGACACCGCCAUGUUUGUGCUCCCCAGUUGCUAGUGGCUCCACGAACGGAAAAGGUCUAACACUGGGCGACUUCUUGCAGCGAGCACUAUAGUUACUCCUAUUUAUUUGGCAUCUGCUCUUCGAAAAAGAUGUGUCUUUCCACUGAUUGAACUGCAGAAUCAACAGCAAUCUGAAUAGUUGUCAUUCUUCUGUAUGGACCGUUUGAUUGAUUGUUUAAAUGAUGCAUGGACACAUUGUUGUGGAUAAUAAUGAGUGAGAGCUGGAACCAGUAGCUUUGAUAAAUGCUCUAUUUUUCAUUCAGAGAAUAUUUUGUGUACGUAAACUUUCAAUGCUUUAUUAGAAAAGUGACACGUUUUGGAAAAAGGUUCUUUCUAUAAAGACGUUUAGCUUUUUUGGAUGGAAAACAGUGUGACGAUGCUUUAACUGUUGGCCACGCUUCAACACUAACCUUAAAUGACUCCAGGUCUGUUGUCUAACACUUUUCUCCUGCGUGUAUAUAUGUACUGUAUAUAUCUAUGUAUACUCAUUCACACGGUGCGCCUGGAGGCGGCACCGACAUCUUUUUGGACAACUUGCCACUCUUAUCACUCUUGUAAUAAAUUUACAGGCUGCUGUAA